AUGCCUCAAACUUCGACAUUCGGCACAGAAAGUGCAGCCAACAAAGCCAUCGGUGGCAUUCCUACGAUUCACUAUUUCGAUUACCAAUCCCGAGGUCGAGGCCAAGUAGUUCGAUUGUUGCUCAUCGACGCGGGAGCUGCGUUUAAGGAUACCCGAUAUACGUUUCAAGAAUGGCCAGAACAUAAAAGCAAGGGGACGCUUGCAAAGUUGAAUCCUACCGGAAAUAUACCUGUGGUUGUGAUGCCAGAUGGGAAGGUCUUGCAGCAGAGUUAUGCCAUUAUUAGGCAUUGGUCAAGAAUGCUUGGUGCUUAUGAUGGGAAGACUGAGGACGAGAAAUACUGGGCUGAUGCCAUCUGCGAUAUCGUUGUUGAUUGGCGAACACUGUUCAUUUCCGCCUUUUUUUCUAAAAAUCAAAAGGAAGAUUAUCCAAUUCAUCAGCAAGGCGAUCGAAAUAGAUACCUUGCUGCGAUCGAAACACAUUUGAAGAGCUCGGAGCUGUCUAAACAAGGCGCUUUCAUCAUUGGCAAAGAGAUCACAUAUGCAGAUAUGGUGUUAUAUCAACAGCUUCACGAUGAGAGUCUUACACAAGAUGGGCGAAAGGAAUUGAAAGAAUAUCCGAGAUUGGUGCAAUUGGUUGAUGCUGUGGAGAGCAGACCAAAUAUCAAGGAGUUCUUGAGCAGUGAUGCUUAUCUUGGUUAG